AUGAAAUAACAGUAAUAGGAUAAGGAAUAAUUUGCACAAGAGCUAACGAUCUAAAAAAGCAAUAGCUAGUCUAAUAAAGAAUUUUAAGAUGGAAAAUUAGAUUAAGCUUCCUAAGGUACUAACUAGAUCAAUGAGAAAAACAAAUUAUUAAGCCAUUUAAGCGAACAAAAUAAAGAUUCUUUAAGAGACAAUAAUAGUAUAGGUUUACGUUGUGGAUUUAAUUUAGACGGAAGCGAAAUUUUAUCUCAUUCUCCUAUACCACCAAUAGCUAAUCCAUAAUUUAGAAGCAUGAUUAUUUUAUUGAAAAAUCUUGAAGAUUUAAAUAAUUAUAAAAUUAAUCAUAUCGAAAAUAUUUUUUAGGAUUUUGAUUAGAUUGUUUAAGAAAUAGCAAAAGAAGAUCCUUUACUUAUUCUUUAAAAGCCUACAGUAUAAAAGAUAAAAAGGUUUAGCUCAAGUUUUUUCUCAGUCUUAAAUUUUACUGUAAGAACUGAUAAAUCCAAAUAAUACAUGGAUAGAUUAAUAGAUCAGUUUGACUUGUUUAUAGAAUCUUAAUACAUAAACAAUUCUAGUGGUAAAAAAUAAUCGAAAAUAUUUAUUUAUUUAUUUCACAAUUGUUAAAAAUAGGAUCUAAAACUUUUUGUAAACAUACUUUAGCUUUCAGGUUCGUUAUGGUCUUCAUUCAAUAAAAAGAUUGAUUAUGAGACAUUUAGUAGAUAAAUUACAUAAGUCACUUAAUUUAUGAAUAGCAAUAAAAAAGCUAUUCUCUAAAUUACUUCUUUAUUUUUUGAUACAACUGAAUAUGAUAUAUCUACAAUUAGCGAAAGUAUGAACAUAAGUCCAAAGCUAUUGAAGGAUUUUGCUAAAGUUUUCUUGAAUAAAUAUAAUUUUGAUAUAAAGGAUUUUGAAUAACUUCUUCUCUAGCAAACUUAAUACUCAGAAACUAAUAAAAGAGUAAUUAGGAAUAUAAUCAGUAUUAAUAAUGGAUGGUUUGAUAGUAUAAUGGAUCUUGUAAAGUUUUCACCUCUUUUUUAGUAUUCCUAAGGUUAUUAAAUUUUCUACUAGUUGCUUUACUCUUUUGAUUAAAUGAGUAUUCAAAGCUAAAAGACUGAACCUAAUAAAGUAAAUAUACUAAGCUUAAUUUUACUCUCACCAGAUAGAGAAGAAAAUAAAUUAAUGGUAUAAAAGAUACUUUUUAGAUUAUGUAAAGAGGUUAUUAAAGAAUAACUUAAAAAAGCAAAAAUUAAGAAUGGUUAAUUAUUUAUACGAAAAUAUUCUCAUCUUAUAGAAGAAAAAAAAAACAAAGAGAAAAAUUAAUUUAUGAUAGAGGCUAUGAAUAUAUUAUUGAUAAUUCAUGGAAGUUCUUAUUUGGAAAAAAAGAAGAGCUCAUAAAGUAAAAAUUUUUUGUUCAAAUUUAUUUAACUUAUUUGCAUUUUUUUAUAGCAAAUUUAUGAGUUAUGCUUUUAAUUUAUCAGAAAGCUAAGUCAAGCUAUUUAAAGUAUUGACAAUAUUUAAACCUAACUUGCAUAAAUUACAUCAGAAAGAAAUAAAUUCAAUUAUAUAAGAUCCCUCUGUAAGUAUUUUUUUAAUUAUUGA